CGCCUUGCAACAUGGGCUUCGCUGGCGUUUCAGUCCGUGGGCGUGCCACCAUUACCUCACCGUUGACCGUACUUGUCUUUGCAGUCUCAAUAAUGGUCGGCGCCAGCCACGAGCAAGAACGGCUGCGGUGGUGCGGUAAACGACUCAAUCCGAGAGACUUCGCUCGUGCCAUGCGGGCAGCGACAGAUUUGAUGCUGGCGUGCAAGGGGCAAAUUAUGUCGCUCAACCUUAGCCCACUAGUCCUCAAGGAACAUCGGCGGCUGUGCGUCAUCCUCCGGAUGUGCUACGCUUUCACCACCUACAGCGACGGUAAUGAAACCGAAUUUCAAAGGGCCUUCCUGUAUUGUCUAGAGAGAAUAUUGCACACUGCGCAGACCAUCAACCCGGUACUGAUGGAGGAAAUACGGCUGAAUGUGACCAACCUGUUGAAUGCUGCGAAUAGCUGCGCUUUGAAGCACAUACCGCGUGAAGAAAAAUACGCUCUGGCAAUUUUGGCAUACUUUGCGGACUUCGUUUCUGGAUAAAAUGAGAUCAGUUUCACAAGAACAAAUGGCAUCCCACCUGUUCACUUACAUAAGCGCGGAUCUUCAAAUAGAGAAAGUCAA